AUGGUGUGGGUAGAGCUUCGCUGCUUGUAUUUUAUUAAAUCGACUUGGAACACAUCAUACCUGAGACCAUUUUAUCAAAGGAGAGACCAGCUGCUAUACUCACUUCAGUUACAAACCUCAACAGCCAUGACGUUUGGUGCUGUCAUCCGACCUGGAGUUAUCAGGCCUUUGUCUGUUGUCAAAAUUAGUCCCAUUUCACGGGUUUGCUAUCACAAUAUCCCACAAUCUAGUUCUACAAACGGAACUCCUCCCAUCUACUUUGCUCCCUCAUUCCCUGAUGAUUUUGCAUCAUCGUCUUUCGUCCUGGACGGGCGAAAGAAAGCAAACGAAGCCCAUAAAUGGGAUGAAAAGCAAGCUACUUUGAGUGAGGCUGCGGUUAAGGCUGAUCGAGGUGACAUUAAGGUGAACGAACAGCCUCAAACCAAGACUUCAACGAUGGAAAAUAGGGAGCCCGAAUUGGAUGAAAUGUAA